UGACAACAUGCAAGCUCUCACCUUAAACAUAUGUGAAUAAUUUACGGAAGCAGGAAGCGAAGUAAACUAAUCAAGAGAAUAUGACAAAGAUUCCUUUGAAUGACACAGAAUUUGAAUAUCUAAGAACUACACUUAUAUCAGAAUCAACAAGUGUUUCAGAUAAAUUUGCUAAGCUGUAUUAUUCUAAAGGAUACCUUACAGGAAGGCAGGCUGCUGCCAUUUUAGCUUGUUAUAAAACAGCUCCAGAAAGAGUCCGGGUGAUAAAAGCUUUACAAAAAAGAUUAUGCCGUAUGACAUGUGCUGAAGCAAUUGAAAUAUUAAAUGUUUUACAAUCAACCAAUUAUGAUCGAUUAUUUGCAUUAGACUGCAUUAAACAUACAUUAGUUGAUCAUGAAACAACUGACGGCAUUGAAUAUAUCUUGAAAGCUUUUGUUUAUGAAACUGACAAAUUGAAAGCCUUACAAAUAUUGUCAACUGUUAGUAUGUAUGUUAGAAAAGAGUUAGCCAGUGGUGGACAUCAAGUUUAUGCACCAUUUGGUGGUCUUUAUACCCAAAGCUUUCCAGGUUGUGAGGCCCUCUAUGGACCAGUUAGUGAACAAAUGGCUCUCAAAGAUCAUUUAGUAAAGCCUUCCCUUCCAGUAACAGUAAAUAUACAUCCAUCACUGUCAAUAUUUCAUUCAUCACCAUCAUAUAAAUAUAUAGGUGAUUUAAACCGCUCAUGGUAUCCCGGUGGUGGUAGACCACCUUUACCACCAACAAUGGCGGAACAUGUUAAAAUAGGUCCACCGAAACAAGUAGCUGAAAGUGAGCCGGGUUUUCUCGAAAAAUCCCCCAACUUCCAUGAUAACAAUGCUAAUAAUACCAAUAACGUAUGUUUAACUGCUGAUUAAUUUUAAAAAAGCAAAUAAAUCGUCAUCUAUUUGUAAGCAGGCAGAAACUGAUUGUCGUUUUUAAUAUUAUUUUAUUACACAUUGAUUUUUUUAUCCAUUGUGAAACCAGUUAGAAGGAAAUGAAUUUUUCACACUUGCGAUUAUUAGAUAAGUGCAAGUCGUAAGUAAUUAAACAUUUUUUCCAUCUGAAAGAACCAGACUUCUUUGCUUAAAUUAGACAUAAAAUAUGACAUUCAAAAGGAUUAUUGAUAUUUUUGCUCACAAUUUUGUAAGAAUAUACAAUUGAAUAUAUAUGAUCAAUCAGUAUUUUACUAUUGAAGAAUAUGAGAUGUAGAUUUUUAAACUUUUUCUUCAUGGGUUAGUUAACUAUCAUAAGAAAAAAAAACAAUAAAUAAUUACUGAUAAAAUCUGCUGUCAAGUUUUUG